UUCAUGUACAUACAGCAUAUCGAAUCACAAGAUGUCCUAUGUAAACGUAUCUUAAAAAUACAUGCCUAAUCAAAAUUCUACAAAUGUCAAAAUAAUCUUUUCAUGUUUUCUUUUUAAGCGAUUGUUAAGUAGUCCAAGAAGAAUUGUUAUAACUAUUACUUCUUUUAUAAACACUAAUUUUGUAAUAGGUUGUAACUUAAUUAAGCGAUUUUAAAAAUGGAAGAUUUGCAAAAGUUGGAAGAAGAGGCUAAGGCAAGAGCAACAAAAUAUGUGUCAAAUUUGUUGCAACGUCCAGGUCAAUUGGAAAAGAUUGAUAUGUACAAACGUAGAAUAACUCGGAAGAAAGCUUCCGUAGAAACUAUGCUCAAAACUGCAAUGCAAAGUCAAUUAGAUGGGGUUCGUGUUGGCUUCGAACAACUUCAAAGUUCCUUAAAGAGUAUUGCUUCCAUAAAAGAGGAUUUAGAUGAUAUUGGCAAGUUAUUCAGUCAAGUUCCAGAACUCAGUGCAAAAUUACAAGCUGUCCAAGAAGAAAACAUGCGUCAUUCACAAUAUGUUACUGCUAAAGAGAAUUUAAAGCAUACAUUUACUUUGCCUGAAAGUGUUGAAAUGACUAAACAAUGGAUAAAUCAGGGCAAUCUUCUGUAUGCUCAUCAAAUCAUUAUGGAUCUUGAAAAUUCAAGAGAUGACUUGCUUUAUGAACUUCAUAAACUUCCAAAUCAAUCACCAGCAGAUACUGUUAUGUUAAAAGCUUAUUUAGAAGAUGUUGAAAUGCUCUCACAAUUGAUGGAAAAACAAAUUAGAUUAGUAUUAAGUCGAACAUUAAAUACAGUGAGAAAAGAACCUACUGUUAUUGUAACAGCUUUAAGAAUAAUAGAGAGAGAAGAGAAGGCAGAUCAUUUUGCUAUCCAAAGACAUAAGCAAAGUGGAUUCAUGCCACCAGGAAGACCUAAGAAAUGGAAGGAUAUGGCAAUGAAAGUUUUGGAGAAAUCUGUAGCUAACAGAAUUGAAGGGACUCAUGUUGAAGAAAGAGCAGAUAAUAAAAUGUGGUUGGUUAGAUAUCUGGAACUCACAAGACUUCUAAUUUUAGAAGACUUACGGGUUGUUAAAACUCUUUGUGAACCUUGUUUUCCACCUUGGUAUAAUAUUGUAAGAACUUUUGUUAAAAUGUAUCAUACAAGUUUAUCUCUGCAUUUAAAGGACAUAAUUGCUAAUGGCUUAGAAGGAAAUGAAUAUGUUUCUUUGUUAUCAUGGAUCAUGAAUACUUACACUGGACCAGAAUUAAUGCAACAUCCUGAAUUAAAUAUUGAUACAAGCGAUAUUGGUCCUUUAUUAAAUCCUGAAAUUAUAAGUGAUCUCCAAGAAAAGUAUCUAAAAAAUAUGUGCCAAAAUUAUGAAGAUUGGAUGAAGAAAACUUUGGAAACUGAAAAAGUUGAUUGGUGGAGUGGUGUACUUCCAGAAGGAAGUACUCAAGAGGCAUAUUAUCACACAGCAGCACCAGUAAUUAUAUUUCAAAUGAUUGAUCAAAAUCUCCAAGUUACUAAAACUAUUAGUACUGAAUUAACAGCCCAAGCUAUAGUUUUGUGUAUUGAGCAAGUUAUUAAAUAUGGAUUUAUGUAUAGACAAGCAAUAUUAGAAUUUAAAAGCAAACAUUUUGAAGAUAGAAGUCAAGUACCUUAUUUUACACAUCAUAUGAUUACAAUUGUUAAUAAUUGUUUACAGUUCACAGAACUUGCACAACAAAUGAAACAGCUUUAUUGGGUUCCUAAUGCUAGUGGAGAUGCUACUGUUAAAUUUGAAAAUUUAUUAUCAAAUUACCAGCAGUUACGAAAUGAAGCAGUAGCUAUACUACUUGAAGAAUCUUUCUUAGAUUUGGAAUUACAGUUUCAAGAUUUAAUUACUCCUAAAUGGUUAUCAUCUCCUAUUCCAGUAGAAACCAUUUGUGUAACCUUGGAAGAUUAUUUCCAAGAUUACAAUCAUUUGUGUCCAAAGAAUUUUGAAUAUGUGAUUACAGAAGCACAAAAUCUUAUUGCAAAACGUUACAUUUCUGCUAUGCUGCAGAGGAAAAUAUCUUUGAAAACAUAUGAUGAAUGCUUAACAUGUACUUCAAAAAUAAUGACAGAAGCAGAUAAAUUGAAGAACUUUUUUGACAGAAUAGCGCCGAAAAUAGGGAAUUUCAAUUCUCCUUUUGAAAUAAUCAAACGUCUUGCCGAAGUUUUACGUUGCGAAGAUUCUGAAAUUCUUUCGCUUGAUUUACAUUCCUUAGUUGAAAAAUAUCCUGACAUGACUGAAGAUCAUUUGGUUAGGUUACUGGGACUUAGAGGUGAUAUUUCUCGUAGCGAAGCAAGAGAAAAAGUUUCGUAUAUCUUAGAAGCUCAACGCAAUCGUAAAACUUCACAAUCUCUUACACAUAGUAUAUUCAAACAAAUAGUUAUACAGGAUAGCUUCCUCAGUUGGAAACCUUGAAAUUCAAAAGUAGACUUCAAGGGAGUUGAAUUACAAGUUAUUUUUCUUUAUACCAUUAUUGAAGAUGAUAUAUGCUAUAGAAAGGAAUUAGUAGAUAACUUUAUGUGUCACUAUUAUUUAUUUAAACUAAGUUAAAUAAGAUUUUACUUUUGAAUUGAAGACAAGAACAAAACAACUUAUGACAUAAAAAUCUAUUUGAACAUUCAUUAUUAAGUGUACUUUUAGAUUUGUUAUUUAUUAACUGUUUGUAUAUAUAUCAUUGAUCCCUGAGAUUUUUUUAGACUUACUACUUUGGAAGUAAUUAAUUAUUAAUGACUAAUUAUGAUUUAGUAAUCUGUCUAAUAAUUGAUUCACUGCCUCAAAAAUAGAAUUGAUUUAUGUACUUAAUUAUUUUAAUGAACCAUAUAUAUAAUUACUCUAAUAAUAAGAAGAAAAACGAAAAGAAAUUAAAAAUAUCAAUUAGAAUAUAAUACGAAUAACAUAGAUAAAGUAUAUGUACUUUAAGUAAUAACAGACAUAACAGUGUUAUUCAUUUAGUCUGAGAAAGAAAAUUGUAUA